AUGGACCUACUGAAGGAAAAGCUGAAGCUAUUCUUUGAGGCGAACAAGGAGAAAAUUCGCCACAAAGAGGUUUUGAUUGCAAUGGGUAACGAGGCAUGCGACCUCGACUCUUUCAUAAGCUCUCUGGUGGUUGCAUAUGCAGAGGAUGCCAUCCAUGUUGUUAACAUGAGGAAGGAGGUUUUUCUAUCGAAGGGAGAGAUUACGUGGGUAUGCAGAGAGUUUGGAAUAGAUGUAAACGACCUAAUAUUCCUAUCCAAGCCAACACUGCACUUUUCCUCGAAGGCAAGAAAGAUAGGAGCAUACUUUGAUUCUGGUGGAAAGGAAUAUCCCGUGUGUGGAAAGAAAAUAAAGCUCCUCCUUACGGAUCACAACCAGCCUGUUGAAGAGCUUGAAGACUGCAAGGUCGAGUUGAUAAUAGACCAUCAUAUGGUUGAGAAAAACAUCUUUCCUGCAAAAAGAAUAUACGUCGAUCUUGAUGUAGGGUCUGCAACCACAUUGGUUUCAAAAUACCUUGGAGAGGAUCUGUCAAGGAAAAACCAUCAUCACACAUCAUCUCCAAGUCUCCAGGGGGACAAAGUGAAAGAGGCCCUCUGCUCAGCCUUUGCCAGGCUCCUGCUUAUUCCAAUUCUCAUAGAUACUGGGUUCCUAAAAAAACGCACGAGUGUGUUUGAUAUAGUUGAAUACAGAAGGCUGAAGGAGAUGGCAAACAUAAAGAAGAAGGAGCUUAAAGAGGUGAUAAGGGCCCUGAAGAAGGCCAGGAAGAACGACCACGAGCAGGAGACAGACCUCAUACUCCAGAAAGACUUCAAAACCUUCCAUUACAAGAGCUUCACUUUCGGAGGAUCCACUGUGAAGUAUCCAUUUGAGGCCUGGGUAGACAGAGAGGGGAAGAGCAUCAGUGGGCUUCCUGAGGAGAAAACAGGCAUUGCCUUGAUGAUGGAGAUAGAGAACUUCAGAAAGGCCAUGGGGCUGGAUUUCUUCUUUGUAGCAACUAAAGCCAAGGGCACCAGGAACAUAAUCUUUGCGAACUUUCCCUUUUUGAAGCAGAUAGUUGCUGAGAAGGAAAUGAAGAAUAUCGACUAUAAGGGAUUGGAGUACUACUCUGCAAGUAAGAGUCUUACAAGAAAGAUCCUUGUUCCCGAGAUAAUCAAGGCUAUUGAUAAAUGCACGCAUGGCCCCGAAAGAAAUUAA